GUCUAACAAAAACCAGGAAAUUGAAGAGCCAUAGUACGAAGCCACCAUUGGAGCGUGGGAUGCCCGAAGCCACCAAGAAGUGGGUUUAUGGGUCAUUGAAGAUGGGAUGCCUAUUUAAUUGGGUUGAAGACAUAUGACGAUUGAUAGAGGAAUAAGAAUGGAGAAUUCAAAAUUGAAAAUGAAGAAUGGAGCAAGUUACCUAGGAAUUAAGUGCAGCAUAUGGCUAUGGGCUACCUGUGAGCCUGUGACUUGUGCAGAAUGAGGAGAAGCCAGGUGUGACAUUCCUGAAUCAUCGCCAGUACUCUCAAGCGAUGCGACACCGCUUUCAGUGUGAGCAAACAACAAAGUAUAUAAAGAGGCAAACGCUCACUCUUUCAGGCAAACAGAAAAGCAAAACCAAAAGAACUGAAAUUUCCCAAAGAAAAGCGCCAAGAAGAUCAAGAGCCAUUGUCGACGACCACCACCACGAAGCCGCCAUUGGAGAACUGGGCUGCGGCAGCCGUGUGAGUCCAAGAAAUGGGUUUAUGGGUCUUUGAAGAUGGGGCGUCAACUUGAUCGAGAUAAAGGUAUCUUGGAUUUUCCCGUAUCUGCUUGAUUUCAAUUUCUGGGGUUGGCUGUGAAUUACUUGUCAGAUAUCUCAUCGUGUUGCUUAGCUGCAUUGUCCAAGAAUUUGGUAAAAACAUUUCUGGGUUUUUACCUAUAGUACUGCUAGUGCCGUCUGGGAUUGUCAAUUUGGAAUUCUGAUAUUCUUGUUAAGAAUAAAGUCUUGGUUUCCAUUUCUGUUGAGUCAGUCAACAUGGUUCCCCUCAAGCAAUAUAGAAGAAGAAGAAGACCCCCCACUGAGAUAAAAGACUUAACCCCUGACAUAUUGUUUGAAAUCUUUGCAAGAGUGCCCAUGAAAUAUCUUUUGCAGUUAACAACAGUUUGCAAAUCUUACAAGGCUUUAAUUAGGAGCCAUGAGUUCAGAAGAUUCCAUCACGAAAAGAAUACCAUGAAAAUUGCUCCUGAUUAUCUACUUGUUCGCAAUAGAAUUGGAGGUCAACAAAGGGGCUUCUCCAUUUAUUCUGCUAGAACAUUUGCCUAUGAUGAGAAUUCAGGGCUUCCUAGAUCCAUAGAUAUUCCCAUGCAGAUGCAGCUCCAUGACCUUCCUCUGUACGAAUAUGGUUUCACUGUUUAUGGUUCUUGCAAUGGAUUGCUUUGCAUCUCUUUAUUCUCUCUGGACUUGGACUCUCCUUUAUAUCUGUAUAAUCCAUCACUCAGAAAAUUCAAGCAACUUCCUCGAAGUGAAUUUGAGCUUCCUCAAGGCACCUCCAUUACUUCUCAGAUGGCCACAAGUUUAGUUACUCUCGGCUUUGGGUUCCAUUCUGGGAUGGAUGACUAUCAGGUUGUGAGGUUUGUACACCCCAAUACAAGUAUCUUUUAUGCUGAGGUUUACAGUCUCAAGUUGAAUUCUUGGACACCAGUAGAGAAUGUUGUAGAUCCCCGUGAGGUUCAUGCUUGGUUUAUGGAAGGAUGUACAUGCUUGGAUGGAGUUAUAUAUUGGCAUUUAAUGCAGCGUCCUAACAUGUCCCUCGUUUCUUUUAAUAUGCACACUUCAGUUCUUGGAAAGAGGACGCUUCCUUAUCAGUUGCAACCGGUGAUGCGUCCAAUUUGUUUGCAAGUGUUGCAUCCAGAGUGUUUGCGAGCGCUGCAUGAAAAUAGUGUGCAAGUGUCGAAGAAAUCACUCUGUUUGUUCCAAGUAAUACAGCGAGGCUGCCAUCACUACUGUGACAUAUGGGUUCUGAAAGAGGAUACUGAGGAAAAAAUUGGCAGGAUUCGUCUUCCACCACAUGCAUCUAUAGCAUGGCCAUUGGGAUUUAGCACAAAUGGCAAUGUUGCUUAUAUGGUUAUCACUGAGGAUCAAGACUUACCCCUGUUGGUUCAAUAUGUUCCUCUGCUGAACCGCAUUCAGACUGUUAUAACUCAAAUAAGUCACAGACCCUGGUACGUUGAUGCUUAUAGAGAGAGUCUGGUUCUACUCGAUGAAAUCUGAGUUAUCAUGGGUUUAAUUAGCUUGCAUUGUUUUGAAAAGUGUAGUUGGAAAAUAUAUCUUUGAUCCGAACUUCUUCCUUAUUGGUGUUACACACUGAUACUUGUGAAGCCACUCUACCUUUAGUCUUUUACUGAGCUAAUUGUGAAUUCGCUUUGUAGACUGUCUGUAGUUCAUAUGGUUUUCUAUUUUGCCGGUCCAUAUUUGGUUUCAUUUGUUCCUCUGUUGCAUAGACUCCGACUGGAAAUUCAACCAAGUCACAGGGAGUUUCCAGUUGAUGCUUAUAGAGAGAUGCUGGAUCAACUCAAGAGAUUCUGGUUUUCUUCUGUUGUAAGAUGUCUCUUUGGCUUUAAAUACUGCAGAAACUUAUAAUGAUUUUACUGAGCUAUUGUGAAUUCACAUUGUAGACUACUUGCUAAAAGUCUAUUGUGAUCAAUUACUCUUAUUCAUAUUCUCAUAACCACAUCAUUUCUUCUAUGACAUCUCUCAGCUAAUGUAUAAUGUUAUCAGCUUUAUGCCUUUUAUAUAGAAUGCCCACAUUAAUUUCUGACCCCUCCCUGAGCUGUAGGGUACAUAAAAUAUGUAUGGUGCAGCUUUCUACUUGUAUCCCUUACCUAUUUCAUCACUUGAUUGAAAUGGGGAAUGGGAUAGGGGUGCUAGUAUAUAUACUUCAUCUAGAAGUCUCUGAAGUCUCAAAAGAACAAACGGAACUUGAUCAAACAUUCAACUCUUGGGAACAAUAGCUUCAGCAACAUAUUUCAGCUCAAACUAAUAAUUAUUGAUAAAAGCAAAGUACCCAAAGAAGAGAAAUAUGAAAAAUUCUUAUUCUUCUUUUUCAUUUUUUAUUAUUUCAUGAAGAGACUCACAAAACACAUUAUCCUACUUAAUUAUUGCACACAAGGUUGGUUUUUUCUUUUACAAAUGCUGGGUGUGAUAUGAUCAUGUGAUCGAUCAGCAGGCAGCAGCUAGCUAGCUAGUAUUGAGCAAGCCUCAUGAGUUUCUUCCAUGCAGGCCUGUUCGAAAUUUUUUCCCACCAAGCAGUCACAUUCUUCCUCUCCGUGACCAAAUGUCCCAUUUUGACCUCGUCCAUCAGAAACCGAAUCGCUGGAAGAUGGCUCAGAUCAGCCAAAGUGAAGGAGCGUCCGGCCAGAUAGGUGCUCUUGGAUAGUCUCUCCUCGUACACAUCGAAUACCUUUUUCAGUUUUUCUUCACAAGCGCGCACCAAUGCCAAGUCGCUAGUUUCGCCCAUACUGGGAAGGACCACAAGUUGAAGCACCACAGCAUAAACCAAGUCGUUGAAGUUGUGUGAUUCGACUUCAAGCCAUUGAUCCACCAGAGCCUUCUCCUCCAGUGUUGUUCCCAGCAGGUUAGGGCCACGGUCUGCGUACUUGGCUGCAUAGUACCUCACGAUAGCUCUAGAUUC